UAGCUUGUUUCGCUGGUGCGUUUUAGAUCAUUUUGUGCCACAUUGUUGCAACCAAAUUAGAGGUUACGGAAAAUUAUAAGGUUUUCUGCUCAAAAUAGAAGCUUCUGCAGGAAUGGGGGAUUUUGGAGCUUUAGUAUAGCCUCUUAACCAAAAAUCAAUGGUUAAUCAGUAGAAAAGCCAACAUAGCAAUGGUUAAUCAGUCGGAAAAUCAACAUAAAACAACUGCAGAAGAAAAAAAAAUCUGUGUGUGGAAGCUUUGAGUAGCUUACAGACCUAGCUUGUAACUAGUGGAUGCUCUUUGACCUACAGCAAUGGAAACAAACCAAGAAAAUGUAGACAUCAAUUCUCCGGCCUCAGCAGGCCUCCUCCCUGUGAAGCGGAAGCGAGGGCGCCCCCGCAAAGAUAGUAACAGCUUGGUACAUGGAGAGAAGCCAUCAUCUGUCACCCCAGGCUCAGAUGGCGUGAAAAGGAGGCGAAAGAAAAUAAGUGCCUCUCCCACUGUCCCUGAUAAUGCUCUUGUGGGUCAGACGGUUAAUGGCGUGCUUGAUGGCUCAUUUGAUGCUGGUUAUCUUCUCACAGUUAGGGUCGGGGAAACUGGAACAGUUUUAAGGGGAGUGGUUUUUGAGCCUCGCAUAGCUGUUCCUAUAUCAGCAUCUAAUGACGUGGCACCACAUGCUAAAAUGUAUCUUCGAAGUGAGACUACCCCUCCUUUCAUUUCAUCAAUACCGCCACCUCCACAGUUUGAUUUCAAGAACAUACAGACCCCUGAAAUGUUGCAUAGAAAUGAAACUUCAAGGGUUAAGACAGAGAAACCAGGCAAGGUGUCAAAGAGAGAGAAAAAGCUUACACGCUCUGCUAAUCAGGCUCCCACCCAAGUGCCAGUGGCUACACCCAAGAUGGAGAAGGUGCUGAAUGUGCCCCCCAAAGUUGACCCUAGUCUGAAACCUGCCAAGUCUCAGCAUAAUGCCAAGCAGGCUAGUCAUGUUCAGUCUCAAGCACCUAAAUCUGAAGAUCUGGAGUUGCAGAGAAAUGGGAUUGCACUUCCCCAAAAAGUGUUGCCAAAUUCAGCAAUGCCUCCAUCGACUACUGCUGUGCUAAAAAAGGAAGCAUCUGGGGCAUCCCCUGCUCCACUCGAGAAGACCACUGAAAAUGAGAAGACUGAAUUAUUGGCCUCACAGAGAAGUGCAACAGGUCUUCCAUUGGAAAAACCAGGGUACCAAGUCCAAGAAACGCAAUUGCGAGCUCCUAGUGCACCACCAUCUGUUAUUGGGACCCAAGUGCCGAAAGAACUGUUAGUGUCUUCUAUGGCAUCAGAUUCUGGUACUGGAACUGUGAAUUUGUUUGGUGAAGUCGCGACUACUCGUUUGCCAGGAAGCACGGAAAUUGCAGAAAAUAAAGUACAAGGUGAUAAGGAAAUGACUGUAACUGGAAAAGAAACCCAAGCUGUUUACCAAUCUACAUAUGACCCUUUGAAUCCAGUUUCAGGGACCAGAGCUGACCUUGCUGAAGAUUUUGGUGGGCAACAACAGGCAGAGGCCAGGCCGUUGGUUGGAAGUCGAGAAACAGCAUGAAUGAUGAUGAUCUCAUGCGCGGUAGUUAAUAGCCAGUUCUUUGUUUUCUCCUUACGUUCUAGCAAUUUGGUUCUCUGCGCAUGCUGAGGUCCUUCUUGACGCCUCCGGUGUUAGUACUAUUUAUGUAGACUUUUUUCAACACACUUUUUUUAACUGGGUUAGGUUUGAUGUAGCGCAAUGAUGCGGAUUGUUGUUGAGGGGUUUUAGCAUCGGAGGCACUUUGCCAGUUCCCCACAGAUGUUGGAAGAACAUGCUUUGUUACCAGUUGACUCUUACUAAUCCACUUUUUUUUGUUCUCUUUUUUUAA